AUGGACAAACUUCUAGUGAAUCACCAUGCAGAGUUAGCCCCGGAACUACCUGCUGUGUCUGAACGAUGGUACUUACCUAUGUUCGCCGUACAUCACCCUAAGAAACCAGAAAGUGUACGCGUGGUGUUCGACUCUUCGGCUAAGUAUAAGGAUUCGUCGUUAAACUCUGCGCUAUUACAAGGCCCAGACAUACUGAACAACUUGCUUGGUAUAUUACUUCGCUUCCGGAAAGAGAAAGUUACCGCAACCAUGGACGUGGAGCACAUGUUUUAUAACUUCAAGGUGCCCGAAAAGCAACGUUGCUACUUGCGAUUUUUGUGGCACCAGAAUAACGACAUUGACCAGCCGCUUAUUGAAUAUCAAAUGACUAGACAUGUGUUUGGUAAUUCUACCUCACCUUCCAUCGCUAAUUAUGGAUUCCGAAAAAUUGUCGAGGGUGCGGAUAAGGAUGUACAAGACCUUAUCAAUGAAAAUUUCUAUGUAGACGAUGGAUUAGUGUCGUGUAAAACCGUGGACCAAACAGUUGACCUCGUGCUUCGAGCUCAGCAAACGCUGCAGGAUAGAGGGAGAGUAAGACUCCACAAGUUUGCCUCGAACAGUAGGCAUGUACUCAACGCUUUGGAUCAAGCUGAUUUAGCCAAGAAUCUGAAGGACUUAGACUUAGGAACUGCUGCACUUCCUACUCAGAGAAGUCUAGGACUUUUAUGGAAUAUUGAAAGUGACUCUUUCAUAUUUAGCGUGAAUCAGGUGGAAAAACCAUACACCAGACGUGGCCUGUUGUCAACCAUCAACAGUGUCUUUGAUCCUAUUGGAUUUGUACAACCUGUCGUUAUCGAGGGGAAAAUUCUUCUUCGCGAGAUGAUGUCCGUCACCAAGAAAACUGACUGGGAUGACCCAUUACCAGAGGCCUUACACGACAAAUGGGUCUCGUGGAUACAUUCAUUAGCCUGUCUCGAGGAGCUUCAUAUCCCUAGAAUGUACAGUGACAUUUCGUUUGAAGACGCCAUCCGCAGAGAAGUCUUGGUCUUUGCAGAUGCUUCAAAGAACGCAAUAGCUGCCUCAGCAUACCUCAAACUUUAUGAUGUCAAUAGAUCAACUAUCAGCUUCCUAAUGGGCAAGGCUAAGGUGGCACCCAAUCAUGGCCAUUCAAUCCCUCGAUUGGAAUUAUGUGCAGCGGUCCUCGCUACAGAAAUUGCAGAAAGCAUAGCAGAACAGUUGAGCAUUCACAAGGACAACUUUAGUUUCUUCACGGACAGCCAAGUGGUACUUGGAUAUAUCUCCAAUGAGUGUAGGAGAUUCUAUAUCUACGUAGGGAACAGAGUGAGCAGAAUCCGACUCUUUAGCCAACCAUCCCAGUGGCAUUAUAUUGCAUCAGAGCGUAAUCCUGCUGAUGUAGCGACCCGCGGUCUACAUGCAUCAAACCUGUCUGGCUCGUUAUGGCUCAACUGCCCAGAGGAUACCGUGGACGUUGUAUCAGAUAUAGGUUACGGUCUUGUUAAUCCAGAACAGGAUGUAGAAAUUCGUCCAGAAGUAACUUGCGCGUUGCAAUCUGUGGAAAUCAAGGAUAUUGCGAAACCUGGGGUUCCAUUUUCAGACUUCUUCUCUAGAUUUUCAUCAUGGAACAAGCUACUCCGUGUUAUUGCUCGUAUCAAGUUUUGGGCUUGUCGACAUCGCAAGGAUGGGCAUUGA